CUCAUCUUCCUCCGCCGUGGACUCACUGCCUGGUCUUUCGACAUCUGUCUAUACUUUCACUGCAGGGAAAAGGGAAAACAAAGACGGCCUGACCUAAUCUAUAACAUGUCGUUUUGAGUCAAAACUAAAUUGACUAUGCAAAGUCGUGGCUCUUAGAAAAGUUUCCGCGGAAGGAUAAAGACCGAGGCAAUGGGAAAUAUGAUCCUACUGCUGCUGCUUCUGCUGUUUCAGCUCCCCACAGAGUUGUUGUCUAUCCAGGUGAUUGUUCCAGAGACUGAACGGAGGACGACACUCUUUGCCUCCAUAAUUCUGCGCUGUGACUAUUCAACCUCAGCAAAUGCUCAGGAUGUUCUGGUCACCUGGAGAUUCAAGUCCUUCUGUAAAGACCCAGUGCUGGAGUUCUACUCCACAGGUUACCAGGCGGCCCUGCAGCUUGGUCAGGAUCCCUCUAACGACUGUCCCGAUCGUCAGCGUGUAGUUCGUACUGUGGUACAGAAGAGAGGCCUGAAUGAGCCCAUUCUGGGUGCAGAAUACAGAAACCGCAAAAUUACCAUACAAAACAAGGCAGACCUGGCCAUCACUGAGGUAAUGUGGUGGGAUAAUGGUGUUUACUUCUGCAAUAUUGAUGCUGCUGGAGACACAACAGGAGACUCAGAUCGUGAAAUCAAACUCAUCGUGUACCACUGGCUAACAGUCCUGCUGAUCAUCCUUGGUGCUCUGCUGCUCAUCCUGCUCUUGGGCAUUUGCUGCUGUCAGUGCUGUCCACAGAAGUGCUGCUGCUACAUUCGCUGCCCGUGUUGUCCACGGACAUGCUGCUGUCCAGAAAAGGCGGUGAUGCAGCACAGGAUGCUGAGAGAGGCUCAGAAGGCAAUGGCUCCGUGGGUGAAUGGUCAGCCCAUUUAUGCUCCCAUCAGCUCCAAUUGCUCAACCCAGGGAGUUCCCAUACUGUAUUCAGGCUCGUUUUCGGACCAUCCUGUCAAACCAAACUUUGCCAUGGCUCCCAUGCAGCUGGCACCUAUGGCUCUGCAGCACCACACAGCUGCUCCCUCUCCACUUCACAUGAACGGCAGUGUCAACGGCAGCAUGCACGGUAAUAGCCAGGUUCUGGACUAUCUGGAGCACCAGGUUAGGGGUCUGGAUUUAUCAGUACCAAUGAUGGGUCCUCACCCAGUCCAGAGUUUUCCUCCUUUGCAGCCUCAACUGCAGCCCCAGUCUCCUCCUCCUCCACUUCCCCCUGCUGUUCCAUACACUCCAGGACCCCCCAGUAUGUUGUCAGCUCUGGAUGAGAUGGGAGUGAGAGGAAUAGAGAGAAGGGUGAUCACCUUGCCCCCCAUAGUCCAACGUGUACCAAGCUUCUCCUCUCGAAGGGGGCCUGGAGCAGGAGAUGGAGCCAGAGGAGGCCCCAGGAUCUCCAGUCAGUCCAGUGGGAGCACAAGUCAGUCAAGAGGUGGCGCUCCUCGUGAAAGACGUCAGUACAGAGACAGGGAGGUCUCUCCUCCCAGACGAGGGAUCCUACGUGAGUACAGUGAUGACUCAGACUGGGAUAACAAAAGAGGAAGAACGCCACACAGAGGUGCGAGGAAUGAGAGGGGAAGCUCAGGCACGAGGAGAGGGGAUGGGUCCAGACUGAGGACCAGAAGUCGAGAUGAUCUGAUGGAGGAGCUGUACAGCAGAUCAGCUCGGAGGGAGAGGAGCUAUUCGCCUCCUCAACAUCGCAAAGGAUCCUGGAGUUCUGAUGAGGACUACAGAGGAAGAAAACCAGGGAAGUCCAAGGACUGGCCAGAGAAGCCUCCCAGUUACUUCUCCAUCGAUGUCCAGCCUGGGCAGAGCAGCGACAGGAGAAACUAUAAUCGACUUUCAGAUAGAAGCUCCCGUAGCGGCACAAGUGUAGUCAUCUAAAGCAUUUGCUUCUCUUUUUUUUUCAAAUUUUCCUGAAUAUUUCCAGAAUGAUGACAAUGAAGA